AUGGCUAGCAGUGUCAGCGCUCCUGUGGUUGUACGCCAGGCUACCAAACGCCCACAUGCAGAAGUGUCCAGUUCUGAGAUGCCCAGUGAGCAGAACCAACAGGGUCAGUCUUCCGUGAAAGCUGAAGUAGCAAACAGCACUUCAGGGCCAGGAGCAAAAAAUGUUGACUCCAAAGUGGUAAUGGAGUCAAGACCAACAGGUAGUGGUGUUUCUGAACUUCCAUGUGCAGACAGUAAGGUUGUGAACUCAGUCUCUUCACAUGACUUGCUAAAGAAGGACAAUACUUUAACCUUGUCUUCAGAAAACUCUGUGGAGAACAUUCCAAAGGAUGCUUCAAGCCUUUCUGAUGGAGUAGAUAAUCUUGUGGAAGCAAAAGCAUCUUCUAGUGGUGCUUCAUCAGAAAAUUCAACAGCUUUGCCAUUAUCUGAUAGCAAGGAGGUGAAAAAGACAAGUGAAAGUGCAUCAAAUGUACCAAAUAGCAAUGCUUUGUCUCUGUCAUCGCAACUGACGUCGGAGUUGAGCGUUGCAGAUGCCUGUAAGCCUGCGGAGUCUGCUGUGGAGCCAGUGGAAGCCUCCGCUACAGGAUCUCAAAAUACUGCAAUGAAACCAAACCUUGAAGAUGCAAAUGCUUCAUCCAGCAAAACUUUGACAGAUGCAAAAUCAAGCAACAGCAAAACUGAGUUGGAGUAUGGGGAGGAACCAGAGAAGAAAGCCAAGGUGGCUGCUAGCACCAGCAAAAAUGGGGGCAGAACUCCUGAGCAGGUCUUAGACCACAUGGACAAGACCUUUGAACAGAGGAGAAAGAUCAUCACCAAGCAGAUGCCGUCCAUCCCAGAGCUGCAGGAAUUAUACCCAGAUCUGUUUACUGGCAAACAGCUCCUGCUGGAGUUCCAGCGUAUCACAAAAAUCGACAUUGACCAAAAAAUUCAAGAGUUCUGCGUCCGCUAUGCCACGGCUGUCAUUGAAAUGGCAAGGAACAAGAAGGGUUCAGCACCUGUGCUGGCUCGUUGGGAGCAGGCUAAACAGGAGAACGAUACACUACGGCAAUACUGGGAUAUGGUUACGGCUCUUUGCUUACUUCCUCUUCAUUUUGAUGAGAAUUUUGUGGAAAUGGUUCUUGAGAUUGAAGAAGAUGAAGAAGUGGUUCCACAGGGAAAAAUCGUUCCAACGUUAGUGGCUCGUGGAAAUAUUUUUCGUACUGACGAAUUCUUCCUGAUUGCAGAAAACACAAUUGUCCAGGAAUUUGAAGAAUUUACAAUCGCAUUUGCUUCGCUGUACUCCAGUUACUGGGUUUUCAACAUGGAGUACCCAGAAACAAUUGCGAACACGUAUAAUUACAUUCAGCGAUGCAUUGUGCGACAACGUGAACCAGGGUCUGUCCCUGCGGCGUGCAAGAAUUUUACAAAGGCUCUCUUGAAAUGGAACAAAGGAAAAGACGGGAAAUAA